CCCGCGCCCUUCCCGGUCCCCAGCGCCGCCCCUGCGCCCGGCCGGUGCGCCGCGCAGGCCGGAUCGCGGCAUCUCACACUUUCCCCGCUGGACCCGCGGCCGGGACGACCCGCGAGCUCCGGGGGCGGGGGUGCCCGGGGGACCGGGAGUGGGGGGGGGAGGCUAGGGCGGGGCGGUUCGGCCGGACCCGGGCCGCCCGCGCCCUCCCCCCCCAACACGUCCCCGCCGGCUCGGAGAAGGGGGCAGGCCGGCACGUCUCCCCACACCCCUCCCCGCUGCCGGCGGCUUUGGGGCCCCGGUGGGGAGCAGGGGGCUGAUUAGCAGAGGAGCAGGGGUGUGGCCAGCGGGGCCCCGGGUAGUGAGUCACACACGCUGCUCGCCCAGUCCCGGGGCCGAGCGCGCUCGCAGCCCGAGCUGAGCGCUGCCCUGACCCGAAGAGUGUCCCCGGGCUUGGCAUGAGGACCCUGGGGUGCCAAGGGAGGGGCUGAAGCCCAGCGCGGUGGUGGAGGAGGGCGGACAGAAUGACUGAGAACAUGAAGGAGUGCUUGGCGCAGACCAAGGCGGCGGUGGGGGAGAUGGUGACGGUGGUGAAGACGGAGGUCUGCUCACCGCUCCGGGACCAGGAGUAUGGCCAGCCCUGCUCUAGGAGACCAGACCCCUCAGUCAUGGAAGUGGAGCCCAGGAAACUGAAGGGAAAACGUGACCUCAUCAUGCCCAAAAGCUUCCAGCAAGUGGACUUCUGGUUCUGUGAGUCCUGCCAGGAGUACUUUGUGGAUGAGUGCCCGAACCACGGUCCCCCAGUGUUUGUGUCUGACACGCCGGUGCCCGUGGGCAUCCCAGACCGGGCCGCCCUCACCAUCCCCCAGGGCCUGGAGGUGGUCAAGGAAGCCAGUGGGGAGAAUGACGUGCGUUGCAUAAAUGAGGUCAUCCCCAAGGGCCGCAUCUUCGGCCCCUAUGAGGGGCAGAUCUCCACCCAGGACAAAUCAGCUGGCUUCUUCUCCUGGCUGAUUGUGGACAAGAACAACCGCUACAAGUCCAUAGAUGGGUCAGAUGAGACUAAAGCCAACUGGAUGAGGUACGUGGUCAUCUCCCGGGAGGAGAGGGAGCAGAACCUGCUGGCCUUCCAGCACAGCGAGCGCAUCUACUUCCGGGCCUGCCGGGACGUCCGGCCGGGCGAGCGCCUGCGGGUCUGGUACAGUGAGGACUACAUGAAGCGCCUGCACUGCGUGUCCCAGGAGACCGUCCACCGCAACCUGGCCCGAGGAGAGAAGAGGUUGCAGAAGGAGAAGUCUGAGCAGGCUCUGGAUAACCCAGAAGACCUGAGGGGUCCCCUUCAGCUCCCUGUGUUGAGACAGGGCAAAAGCCCCUACAAGCGUGGCUUUGACGAGGGGGACGUGCACCCCCAGGCCAAGAAGAAGAAAAUUGACCUCAUUUUCAAGGAUGUGUUGGAGGCCUCGCUGGAAUCCGCAAAGGUAGAAGCCCACCAACUGGCACUGAGCACUUCCCUGGUCAUCAGGAAGGUCCCCAAGUACCAGAAUGACGCCUAUGGCCAGUGUGCAAUGACGAUGUCGCACGGCGUGCAGAAUGUCAGUCGGACCCAGGGGGACGGGGACUGGAAGAUCCCUCAGGGGGCUUCGAAGGAGGCAGGCCCCCUGGAGGACGAAGAAGAAGAGCCUUCAUCGUUCAAGGCCGACAGUCCCGCUGAGGCCUCCCUUGCGUCCGACCCUCCCGAGCUGCCCACCACCUCCUUUUGCCCUAACUGUAUUCGCCUAAAGAAGAAGGUCCGGGAACUCCAGGCCGAACUAGACAUGCUUAAGUCUGGCACGCUUCCUGAGCCCCCCACCUUGCCAGCGCAGGUACUGGAGCUCCCCGAGUUCUCAGACCCUGCAGCCUCAGAAAGCAUGGUCUCCGGCCCGGCCAUCAUGGAGGACGACGACCAGGAGGUCGAUUCGGCAGACGAGUCCGUCUCCAACGAUAUCAUGACGGCCACUGACGAGCCCUCCAAGAUGUCCUCGGCCACGGGGCGCCGGAUCCGGCGCUUCAAGCAGGAGUGGCUGAAGAAGUUCUGGUUCCUGCGGUACUCCCCGACCCUCAACGAGAUGUGGUGCCACGUCUGCCGCCAGUACACGGUGCAGUCCUCACGCACCUCCGCCUUCAUCAUCGGCUCCAAGCAGUUCAAGAUCCACACCAUCAAGCUGCACAGCCAGAGCAACCUGCACAAGAAGUGCCUGCAGCUCUACAAGCUCCGCAUGCACCCCGAGAAGACGGAGGAGAUGUGUCGCAACAUGACCCUGCUCUUCAACACAGCCUACCACCUGGCCCUGGAGGGCCGGCCCUACCUGGACUUCCGGCCGCUGGCCGAGCUGCUGCGGAAAUGCGAGCUCAAGGUGGUGGACCAGUACAUGAACGAGGGAGACUGCCAGAUCCUCAUCCAUCACAUCGCCCGGGCGCUGCGCGAAGACCUGGUGGAGCGCAUCCGCCAGUCGCCGUGCCUCAGCAUCAUCUUGGACGGGCAGAGCGACGACCUGCUGGCCGACACGGUGGCGGUCUACGUCCAGUACACCAGCAGCGACGGGCCCCCGGCCACGGAGUUCCUGUCCCUGCAGGAGCUGGGCUUCUCCAGCACAGAGAGCUAUCUGCAGGCGCUGGACCGGGCCUUUUCCGCCUUGGGCAUCCGCUUGCAGGACGACAAGCCCACUGUGGGCUUGGGCAUAGAUGGGGCCAACGUCACAGCCAGCCUGCGGGCCAGCAUGUUCAUGACGAUCCGCAAGACGCUGCCCUGGCUACUGUGCCUGCCCUUCAUGGUGCACCGGCCCCACCUGGAGAUCUUGGAUGCCAUCAGCGGGAAGGAGCUCCCCUGCCUGGAGGAGCUGGAGAACAACCUGAAGCAGCUGCUUAGCUUCUACCGCUAUUCGCCACGCCUCAUGUGCGAACUGCGGUCCACGGCGUCCACGCUCUGCGAGGAGACCGAGUUCCUGGGGGACAUCCGGGCCGUGCGGUGGAUCAUCGGCGAGCAGAACGUCCUCAACGCCCUCAUCAAGGACUACCUGGAGGUGGUCGCCCACCUCAAGGACGUCAGCAGCCAGACCCAGCGGGCGGACGCCUCGGCCAUCGCCCUGGCCCUGCUGCAGUUCCUCAUGGACUACCAGUCCAUCAAGCUCAUCUACUUCCUCCUGGACGUGAUCGCUGUGCUCUCACGCCUGGCCUACGUCUUCCAGGGCGAAUACCUCCUGGUGUCCCAGGUGGACGACAAGAUCGAGGAGGCCAUCCAGGAGAUCAGCCGGCUGGCCGACUCCCCCGGGGAAUACCUGCAGGAGUUCGAGGAGAACUUCCGGGAGAGCUUCAACGGGAUUGCCAUGAAGAACCUCAGGGUGGCUGAAGCCAAGUUCCAGUCCAUCCGGGAGAAGAUCUGCCAGAAGACCCAAGUGAUCCUAGCUCAGAGGUUCGACUCCCGCAGCCGGAUCUUCGUGAAGGCCUGCCAGGUGUUUGACCUGGCCGCCUGGCCCCGGAACAGCGACGAGCUCCUGAGCUAUGGCAAGGAGGACAUGGUUCAGAUCUUUGAUCACCUGGAGGCCAUCCCCACCUUCUCCCGGGAUGUCUGCCGGGAAGGGCUGGACCCCCGGGGGAGUCUGCUGAUGGAGUGGCGGGAACUCAAGGCUGAUUACUAUACCAAAAACGGCUUCAAAGACCUGAUCGGCCACAUUUGCAAGUACAAGCAGCGGUUUCCGCUCUUGAACAAGAUCAUCCAGGUUCUCAAAGUCCUCCCCACCUCCACGGCUUGCUGCGAGAAAGGCCGAAACGCCCUGCAGCGAGUUCGCAAAAACCACCGCUCCCGCCUGACUCUGGAGCAGCUCAGCGACCUGUUGACCAUUGCUGUCAACGGCCCUCCCAUCGCCAACUUCGAUGCCAAGCGAGCCCUGGACAGCUGGUUCGAGGAGAAGUCUGGCAACAGCUACGCACUGUCGGCCGAGGUCCUCAGCAGGAUGUCUGCCCUGGAGCAGAAGCCAGUGCUGCAGACUGUGGACCAUGGGUCAGAGUUUUAUCCGGAUAUUUAGGAAGCUGGCAUUGCAGAGUUCACUAAGCUGUUGAAUAUUUUUUUAAUCUAUACUCAUAAGCUUUGAUAUAUUAUAUAAAUAUAUAUUAUAUUAUAUAUAUCUAUAAAAACCCACACUGAAAAAGAAAUUUUAAAAACCAAGGUGACACGUCCACCAGAAGCUACUGGGAGUUUUCAGAUUGGAAUAAUGUUGGAAACUGACUCUUGUCUACAAAAUUUGGCAGCUGUGACACACCCCGUGGGAACUCAUUUUCACUCACAGAAGCAUGUGCUGGGGCUACGCGGGCUCCCACCUGACUGUCAACCAACUCGCAUAAGCUAAAGUGACGGGUCUGUCAUCCCCUUUAGGUAGCCCAUUCUGUUUAUGUUCUCGUUUGGGGGUUGAGGGAGGGGUUUGGGUUUGGGUGUAUGUUCUUGCCUUCUUUUUUUUUUUUUUCUUGUUUGGUUUUAUGAGCGGGAUCUCUUGGCCUCUUGGUUGACACGCUGGUCCGGCAGAAUCAGACCUCUGAUUUUUGGAUAGGGUGAGCUGUGUAUCCGGAUCAGGGUGUUCGACGUUUUUUCCCCCUCCCACCCGGCUGGAGAGGUGUUCAUUCAUUCCCGGAUGAGCGUUCCUUCACUGUCUCUGAAUCAGAAGUGUGGGUCAGACUGUGACACCCGCCAGUCUCCAUCUGUGUCACCUCUCCCGCCCCUGGGCUGUUGAUUCCCUCCUUCCAGUCCCCUGGAUCCUAAACAUUUUACCUGUUAUACUGAAGGCAAAACUGCCUCACAACGGAGCUUGAGAUCCUGGGGAGAAGGGAGGACAUGAGCCCUUUGCAUUCCUGUUUUUUACCUGGUGUGGGAGACCAUAACAGAAUUCCAUUCAGAUCCAGGGAAUGUGGGGGAAAUCCAGAGCCAAGAAGUCCAGACCCCAGUAGGGCAGCGAUCUUUGGCUAAAAACACGGAAAAUGAAAAGUACGUAUUCAAUUUACAUGAAUUAUUUAUACUCUGUCUUUAUAAUCAUAUAAUGUGUUUGGGGGUAUAUUAUUUUUUCCUUUAAUAAUCGAGAAAUGCCUGCUAGAGUUCAGUGGCAGGAGAUGUCAAUGCAAGUUGUGCCCUGGGUUAUGCAUAACUCUGAUGAGAGUCUCUAGAGAUUGGGUCCUUCUUUUGCAAUAAGGCUGAUGACAAGCCCUGCAGCCUGGCAGGAAGGUAGUGGAAAAGUGGGGAAUGCGUCUAUGCCUGCGAACGCUUCCUUUUUUGAACAGGGUAGAGAUGUCCUCAAAGAAAGGCAUAAACAAGAAGUCAGACAGACUCUCAAGGCAUCAGCCUACACACACACACACACACACACACACACACACACAGCUGAGAUAUAAGCUUUAGAAAUAGCCACUUGCCUACUCCCUGAGGCAAGUAGUGGUUUCAUCUAGAGGAGUCUUGAUCAAUGCUCUUUUGUUCAUUUAAUUACCAGUAUACCUCGCAAGGGAGUUUUUUUUUAAACAAAUGUGCGUGAGCUGUUAAAAACUUCUGUCCGUGUUUCCACAUCUGAUGUAUGCAUAUCUGAUCUGCAGAGGUCCUACAUUGUGGAUGCAGGUUCUAUUUGGGGGAAGGGAGGAAGACCUGCAUUGUCUAUCGUCUGUCUAUAUGAGCCACCCCUCUCUUUUGGCAGAGGGUGGGCCAAGGAUGGGAUGAUCUGGCCACAGGCAAGGCCUCGGUGUCCCCAACCUGCUCGGCUCAGACAUUAGAAAACUGUGGUGGCUUCCUCCCUUCUUGGUUUAUCUUGUCUCUGAGGCCUCAUGCCACCGAUGAGAGCCGGAGUGGAACUGUCAGCGACACUGAACAUGUCACCCCCUCUUCCUUGUCCUGCCAGACCUUCACCCCCCACAGACCCCCUCCCCCCACCCCCAUGGUCUUGGUGCUAUGAUAACUUUAGAAUCAUUGCUGCUAGUCAAUAGCUUUUCAUUAUAUAAAUAUAUUAUAUAUAUUAUAUAUUAUUUUUGAAACUUUUUUGUUUUCAACAGUGAUGUAGCAUGUUAAAACAAAACAAAACAAAACCAACUGGUUUUCUCCGACUGUCCCACUGCCAGGCCUCAUAUGCUGCCUUCUUCAACAAAUCAAUGCACCCCUGCCUGGUGACAUUCACCCCUCCCUCCCCCUCCCCAGCCUCACACGCUUUCCCACCCUCCUCUGAACAAGGAGAGAGUCAGCAGGAACUUGCAAGGAAAGCCCUUUCUCCAGCUUUGAAAUUCCCAACCUCAUGCAUGUCACUUUAAGCUGAUGUCUUCUCCCGCCAUCCCCCUUGUCCGAUCAGGGUCAGUAUCUGUGGUCAAGUGCAAAGCACAAGGGUCCACCUUUCCCUCCUCGACUUCCUCUCCACCACGCACCCAAUCCACCGGGUCUGCGGGAGAGCUCCCUCUGGACAUCACACGGACCAAGAUGGGUCAAGAUGGGGCAGAGAUGACUGGCAAGGUGGGCCUCCAUAGGGAUCAGAAACAGUAGUCGGGAUCCUUUCUUCUAGCCAACAGAUGCCUUACGCCUCCCCCUGCCCACCUCUGCGCCUCCCCACCCACUACAUCAGGAGACAGGGAGUCAUCCCCUAGACCACCACUCAUUUGAAAACCAGGAGGAAAGACUCGCUGAUGACUGCCUGAGUACUGUGGCAGGGCCACAACUGUUUCCUCUCAGGAGGCCAUGGCCGAAAGUAGCUUGAAUUUUUAUCCAGAGGGGAAAGAAUCAUUUGGGCCAAUGCCAGUGUCUACCUUAUUAUUUCAGAGGAGCAGGAGCCAGCCACCUGCCUCUGGGCCAGGAGCGUGGAUGGCUGCUAGCAGCACUAGACAUCGAGCCGUCGCCUGCCCAGCCAGGCUCCAGACCUCUGAGAGGAUGGGCUCUCUGGAGAUUCCCGAAGUUUGGGAAGGCAUCUUGAAAGCUCCAGGUGCUCAUGGCAGUCUGAAGGCCACUUUGCCUGGGGACAGGGAGCAAUUUGGGUGACACACCACUACAGUUGUUACGGAGUCUUUACCCUCAGAAGUUCCAGUGUUUCUAUCCUGUGAAUGCUGCGUGCAAUUACCCGUCGUUUUCACCCCAGGCAUUUCCACUCUCUGCCUCCAAGAAGGACUCCUGGGGUAUGGGGACUCUUGGGGUCUGCCCACAUGCUUGGGCAAUCUAACCUCUCGUCGAUGAGUAUAAAAAGCUGUGGCCAGGCAAUCCUUCCAUGCUGAUGGACAAGGCAGAGCCCUUAAAUUCAACCCCUGGCUUAGGAGAGACAACCAUUGACUUAGAAAAAAUUAUUCGUGUCUCUGGAGUCAAGCUUGUCUUCAGUGGGUUGACCAAUUAGUGAUUUUCUUUGAUUCAUGGAGCGGGUGGGAAAUGAGAUCAGGUUUGUGGCCGAUGGUGCCAAGGAGAUACAUCGCAGAGCUUGGGAGCCAGAAACCCUUGUGAUUAAAAAUGGUCUGCUUUUUCUCAAUGGAGGGAAAAAACAAAAAGACCCGUUGCCAUCUUGUAUCUGUCUGUGAAAUGUGAGGUAGCCCAGCCCUGUCUGCAACUCUUGCCACUUUCCAAUUUCCAAGUUUCACCUGUCUGGUUGGGUAUGACAGUCUGGGCAUCCACAACACCAGCUCUUUUUGUUUGUUUGUUUGUUUCUUCUUGGAUGGCCUCUGGGCACAUCUAGUGCUGGGCAGAGCCUCAUUUCCUCAGCCUCACUGAAAGAGGAGCGGAGGCUCUAUCUCCUGGACCCCUGGUUAGUUGCAUUCGUUGCUGAGCCCUGAGUCUAGGACAGCUGGAGGUCUCCACCCUUGCCCCUGCCAAGUGUUUCCAUGUUGAGUUGUCUUGCUGAGCCUCCUCUCCUUGACUUGCUUAUGUUGCCCCUUUGACUUGGAGAAAGGACCUUGUAAUUAUUUAAGGUGAUGUUUAAAUUUUUUCCAUUUGUUUUGAAGUGUUGCCAAGAGGGAGAAAAUAGGCAACAGCGUGUCGAGUGCUGAAAAUGAUCGCGGAGAGGCUGAAAUGGACCAGACUUGGCCCAGCCUGGGCUGUGGGAUGGGGGCUAUUUUGGUUGUUUACCUGGAGCCUCGUGGGGUCCAGAAAGUGGCUUGGGGGUUGAAACAGAACUUCUCGAUUCCUUGCCCUUUGUUUUCUCGCCUGUAGGAACAGGAAUUCUGUAUCUAGAGCUCGUUGUGGCUUCCGAUCUGAUUUCCAAGUAGAAUUCGUGUUCUUUCUUGGUCUCUACACCCACUUUGGACAAAAGGCUCUGACCCUCAUCCCUCCUCGCCCUUUCAAGCAGCAGGCCAGCCUGGGACAGCCAAAGCAGGGAGGCCAGGCCUCCUUAGAUGAGAAAGGCAUGUUUACAAGGCAAGUGAGUUUGGGACAGUCCCAUUUCCGAUGCCAGCCUCCGGGGGGGAGGUGGUGCUGGGUCAUGGCUUCUAGGCUGGCUUCCUCCUCCAGUCUGGAGGAGGGGGGAAGAUUAUGUCCAGAGAUCCACAAGGGCCCUUCUCCUACUUGGAGGAAGGCCUCUCUCUGCUCUCUGUGGACAAGGUGCUUUAGCUGAGUGUCUGGAGCUGUGAUACUUUAAGAAACCUUUGAGGUGAUCUUUGUGUGUUAGCCAGAGGGAGAAAAAGUGCCCUUUCGGGAGGAAAAAUGGUACGGCCCUCCUCUUUCAUCUGGCCCUCCCCACCCCUACCCCAUCCCUUCAAGUGGUAUCGCCCUGGAAAUACCUAUGCAAUCCAGUCUCCCUAGGAGAGUGCAUGGAAGCAGGGGUAUGUGCAGUGUAUAAUACAAAUGCUACAGCAUAUAUAUUGUAUAUAUGGACAUAUGCAGUACGUAUACACACAGAGUAAGAGAUGAAAUCACGUCUAUAUAUCUAUAAAUAAUAUCCUAUAUAUUUAUACAUUUCUAUGUUUUAAAUAGAUAUAAAAAAUAGAGUCUAUAGAGAGCUGGGAGAGCAGUGGGAAAGCCUGUCGCUGUGUUGUGAGAAGAGGGAGGACGUGGAGCUUUUGCGGGGGAGCCCGGGGCAGCUGCGCAGGUGGGGUUUGCUGGGAACGGGGCCUCCUGCUGGAGUAUUGGAGAGGAGAGUAGCCAGGCCCUGGCCCUGUCUGUGCACUUUUCUCGCCUUUCCCACACGCAGACUUAGUCUGAGGUCGAAAGGAGAUCCUCACCCCCUGGGCUCCCUCCAGAAGUGUCCCCUUUGCCCCCCAACAAGCCUCCACUUGGGUGGUCCCUGCUGCCCGGCAGUAGGACGUGGUCUCUGACCCCCUGGGAGAGGGACACUGCACAAUUUCCCCCAAUACCCUCCCCCUCACAGGAAGGAGCAGCACUGGCGGCAAUAGGAAAGGUGCAGAUUGGACCAAGACGGGUCCGGGAGAGAUGCCGCGCCCCCACCUCCCCACUUUAGAUGCUUUUUGCUGCCCACCCCCCACACCCCUGCCCUGGAGGCCAAGCCUCUGAAAUACAGCCGUCCUGGCCUCCCUCACCCACUCUUUCAUCACCUGCCAGGGCAGCAUCGCCAGUCAGCGCUGCCCACCCUCCAGAGGCUUUCCGGCCAGGGCAGGGGGUGGGUAUCAGCUAAUGGGAAAUGGUGAGAGAGACAUAUCCGCACACUCAUAAAUUCAGUGGCAACUCCAGUUCAGAAGCGGGGCUUUGGCCCAGUCCACUUUGCACAUCUGCUGCUGCUGGCUGCACUCAGGACAGCGCCCCCCACCCCUCUCCUGUGCCCACCGGCGCUGCCGUUAACAGGCAGGUCUAGUUCACGUACACUGUUCUGAUUCUGUGACUCGAGGCAGAGGCUGAGCCAGACGCCCCAAGCUCAUCCAAGCUCAUCCACUUCCGCCGGGGAGGGGGGAGGGCGCCUCCCUCGGCUUGGCCCAGCCCCCCUCCGCUCCUGGAUGGCCGGGACGUCUGGGGGCCCGAGGGUCACCGGUGCCCCCGGCUGAAUGACGAAGGGCCUAUGCAGCCCUGACGGGAUCAGAAAUCCGUUUCACUUCCAGGUUUCUCUCACGGUUGUUUUACCCCACGGUGGAGGUAGAGGGGGAGGGCCCGACCGGGCCGCAGAGGAUGGGAGACAGAGGGCAGCCACACCCUCUGCCCUCUAGGCCGGCCUCUGCCUUUUGGCUCGGCUCCCGUCUCCGAGCCUCCUCUGACCUCCGUCCUACACUUCCAUACCAUUUACCAACGUACCUCAGUCUCCAGCAGAGCCCCCCCAUGCCCGCAGUCUGGGGCGGGGCGGGGUGUCUGUUCUGCCAAUGCCCACCUCUUCUCCACUCCACGUCCACCCUGGUCUCCUUGAGCCACCGCUAGCUGCCAACCGGGUCUCCGAACACCCUCCAGUGCCUGGCUCAAGAGAGACCAGGCCCGGCCCGAGCCUUCCUCCCGCGGCGGGAGGUCAGACCCGUGGCCAGAGGAUGGGCAUCUUCGGGUAGCAAUCCCACAAUGCACUGUACCUCAGAGAGAGAGCGUCCUCGGGGCGUCAAGGGCGUCGGGCCCUCCGUCCAGAGGAGGACGGCCGGUCACUACACUGCUCCCCAAAAGACAAGGGCCAGGCUGCCCUCGGGGCAUCCUCAGUUUCUUCACUUUUGUCUCUCUGGAAGAGCCAGCAGUCUGAUUCCGUCUUUUUCAGCCCCGCCGUCUCUCUCCGCCUCUCCACCCCCACGCUGCUGAACCGUUUCAUUUCAAUCACAGAGGAAAAUAAAGUGGGGGUGGGGGGAAAUACCUAGGAGUCUAUUAUCACAUACAUAUUAAUAUGUUAAUACUUUCUUUCUUAAAAAAAAAAAACCCUCGAUGUUAUUAUUUUGCAGACUACGCUUUAUAGUACCUGUGUGACGGGACCUAGAACACUGGAUACAAAUAGAGCUAUGUUGGUUUAUCAUAAUAUGUACGCAGAAACUUUCCUUUUGUCAUAUUAUCCUUGUAAUGUAAGAAGAUUGUUAAUAAAAGCAUUUAAAUUUA